AUGAGUAUUGAGGAAUUGGAAGGGUGUGUGGAGGAUAAGCUUAAACAGGCAAAAUCAAUUUCCAAGCAAAAAUCUAAUCUAACGAUUGCCCCUGAAUUAGUUUUUGAUUCGCUCCAUUCCAAAACUGAAAACGUCCGCCAUGUCUAUUUCUCUGGCCUCCCGUUAGACUUGUGUAAGCAAGUAUUGAACGUAAAAUUGGAAGUCAAAGAACGAGACUCUAUCAUCUCCGACCUGAACAACCAGUUAAAGGAAUAUCAAAAACAUGUACAACAAUUGACCAAUAGUAUUCAGGAGAAUUUCCUUAAAUAUGAAAUCGCAGUUGGCACCGCAAUGAAACUGGGUCUGGCCUGUUCAAUGAUAUCUAAUGCAAUUGAACAUGGAAUUGAUGCUCAAAAGAGAUACUUUGUGUCGCAAUUGUUAGAGCAUUUUGAUACGCAAGUUAGUGGGGAAUUGGAGGAUGUACAAAAUUUAAAUAAAAUUUACGCUGUUAAAUUAGCCGCCGCUAAACUCGAAAUUUUAAUUCUUAGACGUAAUUAA